CAAAAACUUUUCUCAAAGAUGGCGUUUUUUGCGAUGUCCCGUGUUUCACGACGGAUAUUGAAAUCAUCCGUCUCGGCAACUCCAUCUUCGUUUUCUGUUUUCCAUUCUCAACAACAUUUAUACUAUUCGAAACCUGUUGCUACCCACUACAUCGACCCUCUCACUAAGCAUCCUCUAUGGAAUCGUAACUACGAAGAAGUAUGGAGUAAAGGCACGGACUUGCAUCAGGAGAGCUUUCUUGGUGUUGGAUGGAACUAUAGAUUAGUUGCUGGAAUGUCUUCGUCUUCUUCUCCGGUUAUGGAAGGAAAGUCUAAGAAAGAGGACGAGGAGAAGAGCGGUGUUGGUGGUGUGAAGGAAGCUUCUUGGGUAGAUUUGUAUUUGCCAGAAGGAGCUAGAGGUUAUGCUAAGCUUGCUCGAUUGGAUAAACCCAUUGGAACUUGGUUGCUUACUUGGCCCUGUAUGUGGUCCAUUGCAUUGGCUGCUGAUCCUGGAAGCCUUCCAAGUUUUAAGAUGAUGGGUUUAUUUGGUUGCGGAGCACUUCUUCUUAGAGGUGCUGGCUGCACUAUAAAUGAUCUGCUUGAUCGGGACAUAGACACAAAGGUUAAACGUACAAGAUUAAGACCUAUUGCCAGUGGUCUUGUGACACCAUUUCAAGGGCUUCAGUUUCUUGGGAUACAGUUGCUUUUAGGCUUAGGGAUUCUUCUCCAACUUAAUAAUUACAGCCGUGUUUUAGGGGCUUCAUCUCUGUUUCUUGUCUUCUCCUACCCACUUAUGAAGAGGUUUACAUUUUGGCCUCAAGCAUUUUUAGGGUUGACCAUAAACUGGGGAGCUCUAUUAGGAUGGGCUGCAGUUAAAGGAAGCUUAGAGCCAGCUGUUGUACUCCCUCUUUAUCUCUCAGGAGUCUGCUGGACCCUUGUUUAUGAUACUAUCUAUGCACAUCAGGACAAAGAAGAUGAUGUGAAGGUUGGUGUUAAGUCAACAGCUCUUAGAUUCGGGGACAAUACAAAGCUUUGGCUAACUGGAUUUGGCACAGCAUCCAUGGGGUUUCUUGCACUUUCUGGACUCAGUGCAGAUAUCGGGUGGCAAUACUACGCAUCACUGGUUGCUGCAUCGGGACAGUUAGGAUGGCAAAUAGGGACAGCUGACUUAUCAUCUCGCGCUGACUGCAGUAGCAAGUAUGCAAAACAGUUUGAGUUUUUUUCAUUUAUAGUUUUGGUAUUUGUGUCAAACAAGUGGUUUGGUGCUAUUGUGUUUAGUGGAGUUGUACUUGGAAGAACUUUUCAAUAG